AUGGCUUUGCCUUACAUCCCAAGUCGCACCUCUACGAAGCCUCCGAAUUCGAAACCACGGCAAAAACAAGAAACUCCUGCCUCAGCUCCAGCACCGAGAUUACUCCCAGGAGAGCGAAGAGUCAAGCCUCGCCUUAGCAGGCCAAGUCUCGAUCCUGUUCUGGAGAGCGAUCAACGACUCUCAAGAGAGGUAGAGCAGAUUGCCUCCGGGGAUGCUGCCAAGGUGACGAGAAAGCAAUCAUUACCGAUACUUACCAGAAAUCGAAGUGACUUCUUCGAGGAAGCAUUCGGACCCAAGCAUACGCAAGACCCCGGUGAUCGAAUACGGAACGAGUCUCCUGUGCUGGUAGAAAUCAAGACCAACGUCAUUAUUGAAGAUGAAUUUACCUUCAUCACUGAGCUAUCCGAGUACCUCUCGUUGCGGUACAAUCGUCCGGCAUCUUCUAUCGUAAUAACAGUCCAACAUGGGAUCUGUAUUCAGUUUGGUGGCGGUUCUGAUCCUUGCUAUACCAUGACAAUCGAGGCUCUCGCUCGAGACGUUCAGACGACAAUGAACAAACGGAACAUUGCUCUCUUCCAGAGACACAUGGAGCAGGCCCUGAGGAUUCCUCCAUCCAAGGGGUUCUUGAGAUUCGUUCCCCUCGCUGAAGACUGCGCUGGGUGGAAAGGCAACACACUUGCUGGGCAUAUUACAGAAUUGAUAGAAGAGACACAAGCGAUGGCGGAACGUCGAGGUUCGAUCAGAGCUCCGAGGAGAAGAUCUAGUAAGGCAUUUCGAGAAAUGAAGAGUAAGAUAGCCGCAUCAGAGAGUGCAUCUGCUUUAAAUCCGAGCACAUCGCAUGGCAUAUUGUCUCAUGACCCAGAAACUUUUGCAAAGGCUGCGAAAACCGAAGCCGAGACCGAGAAAAACAAUACGAAGACGUUGAAGCGAAGGAAGAGUUUCAUUCAUACUCUGUUUCCUCGGUCUGUGAGUCGUUUAGCGGAGAGAGAGACGGAAUAA